AUGAGGACACCCAGUUUUAUUUUAGUGUCAGACACAAACAUACAUGUCUAGUAGUGAAUACGAAAGUGUAAAGUGCUCUAAUGUUAAUAAGUUUCAAACACCAAAGCUAAAGUCCUAUAGUUUCGAGACAUCUAAUUCCUAAUAACAACGAUCAUCAAUAUUUAUCAAAAUGGGACGUCAGAGCAUCGUUAAAGAAGACACUAAUUACAAUGUAAUCAGUGAAAUUGAAGCUCCAGAGGGUGGUUGGGGGUGGAUAGCUGCUUUCGGGGUGUCAGUAAUGUUUACUGUUGUAAUUGCACCAUUUUCGGUAUUCGGAUUAUUAUUUGAGGAUCUCCUUGAGUCUCUUGGACAGGGAACACAGGCAGUAACACUGAUCUCAAAUCUGACUUCUAGCUGCAGCUUCCUAUUGGGUGUGGUCGUUAAUUAUGUCUUAACGAAGUACUCAUGUCGACAAGUUGGAGUUGUUGGGUCUAUUAUAUACUUUAUAGGCAGUUUCAUGUGCGCAUUUGUCAACUCUAUGUUCCUACUUGCCUUUGCAUAUGGAGUCCUACAAGGCAUUGGUUUGGGAUUAAUGGUACCGGCAGUGUUCACUAGUUUUAAUCAUUACUUUGUUCGUAGACGAACAUUCGCUAUGGGUAUAACACAAGUAAUUACAGGGGUAGGAUGCAUGGUUAUACCCAUAAUCCUACAGAGACUAAUAGAAGAAUACGGUACUAGGGGAACUCAAGCCAUUAUUUCAGCCAUGGGUCUUAAUUCAUUGCUUUCUGCCAUCGUUCAACAACCUGUAGAGAAGCACAUGAAACGUAAGAAACGAAUCAGAAUACAAAAACAAGAAUUUGAUUCCGAAAAACACGGCAAUAUCAAAAGAGAAUCUUGUGACCUUGAAAUGAGGAUUGUCAACAGAAAAUCAGAUUCUGUGAAAGAAACACAAAUAUCUGAGAUCACUGAAGGAUUCUGUCAUAAUGGCUUCCCAGAACGAGACAAAAAUAUCUCAUAUGAAAGUAAUAACAGUGCGAUUUUGACUAGAGAGACAAACGCAUCAGACGCAGAUGUGAUAAAUAUUCGUACCAAAUCAGAUUCCCGACAAGAAUCUGAGACAAAUGGUAACCAAAAUGAUCCUCUUGGCGAUCACACUGAAAAUACCAAAGCAAAUAUUUUAACAGAACACUUUAACGAAGUUCUCGCUAGAAGCAGCGAAGUAAACAAACAGUCCCAAAUCAUCACGGUCGAUUAUGCCAGAAACCAAACAGAAUUUGACAAAUAUGACGCCCAGGAAGACGAUUCCGUGGAGCGACGUUUGCUAAAUGAUGAAUAUUUAAAAAUACAUUAUAUUACGAAACGCACGUCCGCAGAUUUGGGCUCAACUACAACAGGAAACCCUGUGUCCAUCAGUGAUUCUAGGGCCACAGUCACUAGUCUGAGGAGCUGGACCAGCAGCUGUGAGAGGAGACGACGUACAAACGACGACCUAUCAUCGUUAAAGCCAUCGGAAACCCGAGGGACACACAAUGUAUUUUCAAGAACCUGGGCAAGUGUAGUCGAUCUCCUUGACCUGCGUCUCCUUCUUGAUCCUGUCUACGUCAACAUCGCCUUAGGCUGUUCUAUGUCCUUCUUCGCCGAUGUAACCUACAGCACAGUGUUUCCAUUGGCAAUCCUCAAGAUGGGUUAUUCCAGGGCUGACACUGCCUUAUGCAUCUCCAUAAUCGCAAUUACAGAUAUAUUUGGGAGACUCUGUGUAGCAUUAAUUGGAGCUCUUUGUCCAAAGAUUACCAGCAGAGCUCUAGUCUUCGCAGGGGCAGUUUCAUCCGUCAUCGGCAGAAUAAUAUUCGUCUUCUUUGAUGAUUUCUCUUCAAUGGCGAUACUAAUCGGAUACCUUGGGUUUACCAGAAGCUUCAUCCACGUACCAAUGCCCCUAGUGUUUGCGGAGUACAACAUCCACCGCUUCCCUGCUGCGUAUGGUCUAAGUGCAGUGAUAACUGGGAUAAUCUGCCUAUCAGCGGGACCUCUUGUAGGAUGGGUUCGAGAUGCAACGAACAGCUACGCCAUUUGCAUCAACACACUUAACAUUUUACAAAUUGUUCUUUGUAUAUGUCCUUGGACUCUGGAGUUUAUUAUCUCACGUAUUCGACGCCCAUCAAAAACAAAAGAAAGUUCACAGCUACAGAUGUAGUUCAGUUCUCGAAAUAGGCAUACAAACUCAGUGUGGUAUUCAUCAUUAAACACAUAAUACGUUCCUUCCUACCUGAACAGUCCAUAUUUCAAAUCUCAUGUCAGAGUUACUGCAUUUUCUCAUGGCUUUCCUCACUUCAACCAGAAAACUUGUGUAACAAUAUCUCAAUAUAGGCCAGGGCAGCCAACUUCUGCAUUAUUUCCCAUUUAUUACAUACAUUCGUCUUUCAAUGUAAUUAUAUAUAAACAAUAACGUGUACCAUUACAUUCGAUAUGUCCACCAUUUACGUCGAUGAAAACCCACAAAGAUGUAUGUCAGACCAAAAUAAUGACGCCAAUUAUCUGUGGCAUGAUUUCAAUUUUUGCAGCAGAGAGCAGCUUGUCCACACGAAUGACUGGGGUUCAUUUCGCAUGGCGUGUUUUCAUUGUUUCUGCAUCUCUCGAUUAUUAUCGAAAGUCUAUCGACCACGAUCUCGAUGUUAUUCUCACACAUGCUUCUACUCAGUGCUGCCAUCUGUCAUAACUGUGACAAAACACGAUACGUAAACUGGGUACAGACACUCACAUAACGUCCUUUUUUUAAAAGGAAUUAAUAUUCGCGCAGCUAAAAUUAAUGGGAAUUUUAUUUCGAUUUACAAAUUUUUUUACUUUACGUACAGUUUUAAUCACAUAGUUCCUGCUACUUUUUUUUCAUGAAUAACUUCAUGUGUUCUGUUCCGAUUCAGACUUCAUUUUGAAAUAAUUUAUUCUUUACAUAUUUUAUAGGACUCAUUAAUAUCACGUAUGACACAGAAAAACGCAGAUAAGUCUAUAUACCUAUUCAGAAUUCGAAUUUCCAACUCAAAUCUUCGAAGUGGUAAAUAAUGGACGCACAUUAGGCCGUAACAUAGAUUUUAUACUAAAUAAUAAAAUAUAUUAAAUAUUCUGGCUGGUUCCAGACUCCCAGAAAAAUAUCUGUUUUCCCCAGAUAUUUUAGAAUAAUGAACAAUCAUAAAAUUAGAACAGAAUUACUUUUUAUAAUAGUUCUUACCUAUUUAACCCUUUCAAUCACUAUUAAAGUAUUGAAUUAAACGUUUACAAUGUACAAGAGUA